AUGGCGGCCCUGGGAAAAGGUUGUUCGGCGAAUCCCGUGUCCCCGCUGACUUGCCUUGGGAGGGGGAAAGACACCGUUGCGUUGGCCGAGGAGGAGGCUUUUGUGAUUUUAAUCUCAUCUGUCCGUGUUUGGCCAGGUCUCCUGACGGUCGACCCCGCCAAGCGGUUGAAAAUGUCCAACUUACGGUACAACGAGUGGCUCCAAGAUGGCAGCGCCCUCUCGUCCACACCGCUCAUGACACCGGACAUCCUCGAGAGCUCCGGGCCCGCCGUGCGAACGGGCGUCAAUGUGACGUUUAUGGCCUUCAAUAAGGGAAAGCGCGAAGGUUUUUUUCUGAAAAGUGUGGAAAACGCCCCUCUGGCUAAACGGCGCAAGCUGAAGAUGUCCAGCACCGGUGCUGAGGGUCGCCGAAGCAGCAGCUCCUCCUCUUCCUCCUCUUCUUCGGGGUCCUCCUCCCGUCCCCCCAAAGCCAAGAUCCCCACCAUUCGCCACGACCCCCCCUCGUAGCAGCCGGAGGGGGGGGGGGGCGGGAAGGGGGCGAGCACUGAAACGCUGGAUGGGAAAAGGGGUAUUUAUUGUCUAUGUUUGCUGUCUGGGGAGCGUCGGGAGCCCGGCUUCCACUUCCCCAUUUCAAGCCCACCCACCCGCCAUGAUGUGACACUUUCAUUCAGAAAUGGGGCAGGGGGGGGGUUGAUUACCACGAGGACGCAGCCAAGGGAGGUUUUGCUACUCCGAGCUGUUUUUAAUGUGGAGAGCGUCACCAUUUUAUUUCCUACCCAGUCUGGCGCUUUUCUGCAUGCCUGUUUCCCCAGCCCUCCAUUGGGAAUGAAAUUAAGACUGUUGUAGAGACAGGCUGCCAUUUUCCAAACUACCAGCAGAGGGCAGUGGUCCUCUUCGAUGUCCCCCACCCCCACUGGUGGUGAGCUGCGUUAUUGCAAAUCCAUACCUGGGAUUAUUUUAAGACAGACUUCAGUUAAUGGGAUUGUUUUUUUUAAUUCAGGGUCGGUAGCAUUUAAUUUUUUUUUUAUAAGAUGUUAAUAGGAAGGGAUUUGCACCUUCUGAGGCCAAAACUGCAUUCUGGAGAAGGAGAAUAUUUUCUCCCGCUUUACAGGUAGUCCCUGAUUUACAACAGUUCAUUCAGUGACCGUUUGAAGUUACAACACAGGGAGAAAAAGGAUUUACGACCGUUUUUCAAGUUGCGGCAUCCCCACGGCCACAUGAUUCAGAUGCUUGGCAACUGUCUCAUAUUUACGAUGGUCGUAGUGUUCCGGGGGUCACAUUUUGCGACCUUCUGAUCAGCACACGGGGAAAAGCCAGAUUCGCUUAACAACCAUGUUCGUAACUUAAGAACGGCGGGCAUUCCCUUGAGGAUGUGGCGAGAAAGGUCGUCAAAUGGGAACUUCUCUCUUAGCAACAGAAAUAUUGGUCUCAAUUGUAGCCGUAACCCGAGGACUAGCUGUACUUUAUCUUUCUUUUUAAAUUCCCGUACACUCCUGUGUCCGACAUAGAACUUUUCAUGGCAAAUCUUCGCGCCAAGGUAUGUUUGGGCUCAGAUGUUACACUAAGCCAUUCCAACUAGGAUUAGGGGUUAGUUUGUGUGUCACACUAAGGCAAAACCAACUGGGUUACAUGAUGGUUGGUACAAGGCUUAAAUCUGGGGCUACAGCUUCUCGCUGGGGGGACUCCUGAACCUCAAAUCUUUUGUAUAAAAAAAACCAAACACAGGAGUAAAAUAGGAUUUUUUAAUUUUUAAACAGGUAAAACUCUAAAACUCAUUCUGAGCAGGACGCUAGGGUUUUUAAAGGAUAAGGAGGCCGUCCUAGACUUACAAUUGUUCUAUUAGUGACCGGAGUUACUGCACCGCUGGAAAAAAAAAGCCACGUAUAACCAGUCCUCACGCUUAUGACUGUUUUUUCUUUAGGACCUCUACGGUCCCGGGUUCAAAAUCCCGGGCGCUUGGCAACGAGCGUCUUGUCUAUUUACAACUGGGUGCAGCGUCUGGGGAACGCAAAAUUCCCAUGUUUUGCGACGUUCCCAGCUGGCUCUCAGAUUCGCUUCAUGACGUGAUUCGUUUUAACAACCGCAACGAAUCGCUGAAGAACCGCGGCAAAAAAAAAGGAGACACUGCUUCGCGGUGAAAAUUCCGGCCCUCACUGUGGUCGUAAGUCAAGGACUACCUGUGUGUAUGUAUGUAUGUAUAUAUGCGUAAGAGAAACAACCUCCCCCAACAACACAGAAUAAGACACAUCGAUCUGUUUAUGUGUCCGGAAGAAAGCCAAAUAGGAAAUUUGUAGGAAAAUGUUUUUUUUGUUUUGGGGGGGAAAGCGAGGGGGACUUAAUGUCAACCUCCUCUUGAAUCUUGAGAGAUUCUUAUGGGACGGGGAGGGACAUGCCUUAGGAUCCAGUCGGAUCUAUUUUUCUGGGUGAAUCCAAUAAGCUCAGGCAGUUUUGCGGGUGGGGGCAAAAGGGGGAGAGAGUUAUAUUUUUAAGAAAGUAAUUCCUGUCUGUCUUUCUUGUUUAAAUAUAUAUAUUGAAAAGGCAAGCAUGGGAGUGAAUGUUUGUGCAAGGCAGCGUCUUUCAGUGUGUGUGUGUGUGUGUGCACGCGAGAAAGGACAGAAAUCCAGUUCAGUAGAUUUUAAAAAACGACGUUGAAAUAUAGAACAGGGGAGAAAGAGCACCACAUCAUUAAGAAUUAUUCUGUUUGCCUGUUUGCUUACAGAGAUUAGAUUUUUAUUUACAUCCUUAUUUAUAGGAAGAAACACCUUUAAAAAAAAAGAACCCCAGGGAAUUCUACUUGGGUCCUCCGUUAAUUUAAUGGCAUGAAAGACGUCGAAUUCUUAAGAGGUGGAUGAACAGUGUUUGAAGUUGUGCUAAAAACAAGAGGGGCUUUUUCCUUAAGCCCCUCGUCAAUCAUCCUACAGCAGUAUUAAUGGUCAUUAUUUUUUUAAAAUUCCCUAUUGCUUAAGCGACCGGAGUAAAAAGGAAAAGGGGGGGGGGGAAAUCCUGCUUGAAUUUUUAUUCUCUAUAAACGUGGUAUGUCUUGAGUGUCUCAAAAUUUAUUGCACAGAUUUUUUGGAAACUUAAAAAGAUACGUUGCCAAAAGUGUUUUGAGGACUGUGUAUUUUAUGUAGCGGGGAAAAUAAUGGAGUUUUUCAGUAAAGUCAGGGCUGUAAAUUGCUGGAUUUCUGGUUGGGGAAUUUGACAAGGUGACUAUUAUUAUUAUUAUUUUUUUUUUUUUAAGAACGGGUGAUAGCAUGUUAAGGAAUAUUUUUAUCCAAAACGACCGAAGCUGUAAAUGGGUGAUUGUUAAGGGGUAUUAAUAAAAGAGUGGGCUCUUUCCCAUUCUUGAAUCCGA